UUUCCCGCUUCUUCUCCCUUUUUCGCCCUCAAGGCCGUUUUUCUCCGCUCUCAUCAUGGAUUGAUGUCUGUAGAACAUCAUGACAGACUCCAAACGACGGCUGGCACCCGCGCCGCCCGGUACCCCGGGUGGCAAUGAUGCUCACCCACGGAGGAAAAAUGUCGGCACAGCGUGUUCAGCCUGCAAGGCUCGCAAGCUCAAGUGCACCGGGACUGCACCUUGUGCGAACUGCGUCAAAAGCCGCCUCGAAUGUACCCUCGAUCAGACUCUCGAUAAACGUCGCCGCGGAGCCUUAAAACGCAAGAUUGACCAACUCGAGGAGAAGGAGGAUCUUCUUUUUCGCCUGGUCAGUGUCCUACGAGAAAGUGGCAACCGGAGCACGAUUCCCUUACUCAAUUUGAUUCGAAGUAAUGCCUCGCUGCCGGAGAUCCAAUACUAUCUCAACCAUCAGGUGCCCGAAUCUGAACUGGCCCUUAUGCCCGAGCUCAUUGAGGUGAGUCAUGAGGUCCAGCGAUUACAAGACGCGGACUCGCGAUCAGUGCGUCGGAUCCUGGAUGCGAAGCGAUUGUCGGGUCAACCCUUGUUUCAGGUCCCCGCGAAGCCCUGGACUAGCGUCGUCUCGGACAACGAUUUUGUUUCGCAUCUCAUCUCCCUGUGGCUCACCUGGUUCCAUCCUUUCUCUAAUUGGGUUGAUCGUGAUCGGUUUAUCUACGAUAUGCAAGCGGGGUUGCUGGGGGCCAAAUAUUGUUCUCCGUUCUUGGUCAAUGCAAUUCUAGCAUAUGCAUGUACAUACUCAGAUUAUCCCGAAGCGUAUGCUGUGCCUAGGGAUGUGUCGACGAAAGGUGCCCACUUUUACGAUGAGGCCAAACGGUUACUGGACAAAGAGGAAGGGAGAAUCAGUCUCCCCACCGUUCAAGGUAUCGGUGUGCUAUGGGCGCGUGCUUGUAUGAUCGGCCAAGACCGCCAGGCAUGGAUCUAUCGAAGCCAACUGGCCUACUCAGCCCACGAACUGUCGCAAAAGUACACAGUGCUCGCAUCGACAGUCAACGAAGACGAAAUUCGCAUGGCCCGGGUAGUUAAUAACACCAGCUGGGGUUUAUUCAAUAACGCCACGACCCACGCCUUGUUAUACGAGAAGACACCGACAAUAAAGCCGCCGCACCAAUCAUCUUUCUUACCGGUGAAUCAUGAAUUGAAUCAGGACGAGUGGCAUCCGUAUCCAACACCCGCGGACGGAACGCCGUCGCACAAGACCUGUCUGUUCAACGAGCUUUGUUCGUUGAAUCUAAUUGCAUAUGACGUCACCGACUUUUAUUUUCGCAAAGAGGCGCCUCGUUCCCGUACAGACAUAGAAAAAAAGACUUCCGAAUUCCACAAACGUCUCACUGAAUGGGCGGAUCGGCUACCACAAUGCCUGAAGAUAGGGAAGGACACCGAAAUCCCGCACAUUCUAUGUCUACAUAUGUAUUACCACGCCAUUCUGAUCGCCAUCUAUAGCCCUCACAGGCUGUCCCGCGAAAAACUUAUGCCAUACACGAAUCACGACACAAUCAACCCAGCACAAGCCCUCACCACCUGUUUAUCCUCCGCCCGUAGUAUCGGCCACUGGGUACAGAUGUACCGAACCACGUGGGGCCUUGAACACAUGCCCAUCUUCCACAUCCAGUGGAUCCAAGCGGCACUGUUCAUCCUCUUAGAAAACCUGCAGAAGGCCGACAACUGCGAAGCGUUCAUCAUCCUCAGUAUUGCAGCGAAGGCAUUCUCGCGACGGUUCGAGAAGGCCAAGCGCCUCCUACGGUCGCUCCAGGAUGCGGCUCGAGAGUUGAGGGUUAAUUUACCAGUGGAGGUAGCUCCAUUGUUCAUCGAAAUAGAUGGUCAAUGGUGUCUGCAUCCGGUGCGGAUUAAAGAAGAGACGAGCGAUACCACAAGCGGUGACGUAUGA